AUGGCUGACAUCAAGUUCCUUGCCAUAAAAGUUGUUUCCAUUGUACUUUCUGCYAUCUCAAUCUUUGGUAACGCCUUKGUUUGUCACAUUAUCGUKAAAGUCARAUCGAUGAAGACRUCCAUGAAUUACAUCAUACUWAACCUUGCYAUACUWGACGCUAUGAGUGGCUUUAUURCCAUAUUUUUUACACUGGCGAACACUGAUGGAGAAGAGCUUGGCCCGCCACUAAUAAAACAGGCUUACAAUGAAAGUAGCAUCGCCGVAGAGGUCAUUUGCAAGAUAAAAUGGAGCUUAUGGUUUGGAACUAAUGUUUCUUCGUUUCUAUUAUUGGGAUUGGCGUACGAGCGCUACAGAGCUAUUGUUCAUCCUCUGUCAAGACUACAUGGAAUUCCUAUCAAGAAAGUUGUGAGGGUUUUGUGUUUUUCCUGGUUUGCUGGUAUURURAAUUCUGCAUUUGAUGUGCUUUCAGCGACUUUCGAYUCARARGGAGCMAUUUGCAGACAUCUAAAAUACCCGUGGUUUGAUGAAGAAGUCUACCAUAUUACGAUGUUUGUAGAAAUUUACCUCAUUCCCUUCUUUAUCAUUUUCUUUGUUUACCUGCGUGUAAUUCUUACGCUAAGAAAACAAGACGUUGAUCUAGGAACUCAAGGAGAAGCUCAAAGAGAAAGAGCAAGAACACGGAAAAGAGUUAUCAUYGUAGUUAUCAGUGCAACAGCGACUUUCUUCKUAUGUACAGGCAUUUCUCAAUGUUUAUAUCUCGCAUAUACAAUAGGUCGUGAGGGRUUUAGYUCAAGCGAGAUUCGGUUUUUUCAUGACAUAUAUGUCGCAUUAGUUGCAUUUAAUUCGGCUUUUAAUCCUAUUGUGUAUUUUAUAUUCAUCAAGCCUUUUCGCGAUGCUUUUAGAAUUGUAUUUAAACUCAAAAAAGAAGAAAAAAUGCAGUGUCUCAAUGGAGAACUCGUCGAAAGGCACAUUAGGGCAACAGAAAUGAAGUAA